GCAUGCGCGCAUGCGCCAGGAUUCAGAAUUAUCGAUACCGUAUCUGCUCCGUAACAUUGUUCCUGACAUUUAACUCUUGUCGGCGCGGCUUCGCCUCACAAUUCAUUUUAUUUUUUUUAGCCAGCAACUUGCCAUUGAUGUGCCGACGGGAGAACUUGUAGCCACCUCAGUGUUGUUGGCGUGCGGCUGGAAGACUCAGACUAUGUCGGCAAUUAAAACAAAGAAAGUCAAAAUGGCUACAAAGUCUUGCCCCGAAUGCGACCAACAGAUUCCUGUGGCCUGUAAAUCCUGUCCGUGUGGCUACGUGUUUAUUAGCCGGAAACUUCUCAACGCCAAGCUCAACGAAUGUCUGUCGCCAGAUUCGCCAGACAAACUGGAAUCGAAGCGGCGGCGAACCGAGCGCAUUCGCAAAGACAGAGUUGACCCUUCGUUGACCAGCGACAUAGAGAACAAGCGGCGGCCUCGGACCAACAGUCAGUCAGAUCCGAUCAGGAGAGGACGAGGUCGACCCAAAACGGUGGGGCUGAAGAAGCAGGAGGAGGACAAAGAGAAACUGGAGAAGGAGGUGGAUAUUUACGCUGGACUGUCUGACGAGAGAGCCUUCGUGUUCUCCGUGGCUCUGGCUGAGAUCAACCGCAAGAUCCUGGGUCAGACCCUCAUCUUAUAGACUCUGGCCUGGACACCUGCCGGGACCCGAGGUGGCGGCAAGAGGACGACCAAAGAGGCGACAACCCGCUGGAACUCACAGUCACACGCUACUGUCUUUUUCCAUGAGCCUGAACCUGGAGGCGUCGGUACCAGCAUGCUCACUUGUAUAUUAACUCUACGCAUUUGUAUUUUUCUGUCAGUAUCUAGAACCGAUUGUUAUUAUUGAAAUAAAGAUUUUACCGAAUUAUAA